UGGUACCUGAUGUUAAUUCUUCACUUCUUCAAUUUUAUGCAGACAAAGAGGACGAAGAAGGCCGGUAUUGUCGGGAAGUAUGGUACCUGUUACGGUGCGAGUCUGCGUAAGCAGAUUAAGAAGAUGGAGGUCAGUCGGCAUAGCAAGUACUUCUGCGAGUUAUGCGGAAAGUAUGCGGUGAAGAGGAAAGCUGUUGGCAUUUGGGGAUGCAAUGACUGCGGCAAAGUGAAAGCUGGAGGUGCUUACACUGAACACUGCAAGUGCUGCGACUGUCAGGAGUACUAUUCGGAGGCUUAGAGAGCAGACCGAGAGUUGAUUUGAUUCUG